AGUCGCGCGGGCAGGGCUCCGGGCGCGAGCCGGCCCGCCGCACCGCAUUCAUCCGCUGCCAAGGGAGCCGCCGGGCGCUCGCAGGCUCGGCGCGCGCUGCCCGCCGAGGACCCCGCCGCCGCGCCCUCGCCGCCGGGAGCCAUGGCCGGCCUGGGCCACUCCGCCGCCUUCGGCCGGGCCACCCACGCCGUGGUGCGGGCGCUGCCCGAGUCGCUCAGCCGGCACGCGCUGAGGCGCGCCAAGGGCGAGGAGGUGGAUUUCGCCCGCGCCGAGCGCCAGCACCAGCUCUACGUGGGCGUGCUGGGCAGCAAGCUGGGGCUGCAGGUGGUGCAGCUGCCGGCCGACGAGAGCCUCCCGGACUGCGUGUUCGUGGAGGACGUGGCCGUGGUGUGCGAGGAGACGGCGCUCAUCACCCGCCCCGGGGCGCCGAGCCGGAGGAAGGAGGUUGACAUGAUGAAAGAAGCAUUAGAAAAACUCCAGCUCAAUAUAGUAGAAAUGAAAGAUGAAAAUGCAACCUUAGAUGGAGGAGAUGUCUUAUUCACAGGCAGAGAAUUUUUUGUGGGCCUUUCCAAAAGGACAAAUCAACGAGGUGCUGAAAUCUUGGCUGAUACUUUUAAGGAUUAUGCGGUCUCCACAGUCCCAGUGGCUGAUUCUUUGCAUUUGAAGAGUUUCUGCAGCAUGGCUGGGCCCAACCUGAUUGCAAUUGGGUCUAGUGAAUCUGCACAGAAGGCCCUCAAGAUCAUGCAACAGAUGAGUGACCACCGCUAUGACAAGCUCACUGUGCCUGAUGACAUGGCUGCAAACUGUAUAUAUCUAAAUAUCCCUAGCAAAGGACAUGUCUUGCUGCACCAAACCCCAGAAGAGUAUCCAGAAAGCGCAAAGGUUUAUGAGAAACUGAAAGACUAUCUGCUGAUCCCUGUGAGCAUUUCUGAACUGGAAAAGGUGGAUGGGUUGCUCACCUGCUCCUCAGUUUUUAUUAACAAGAAAGUGGACUCCUGAGCUACAGAGUCCCUCCCUUGUAGCCGGCAAGGUGGCCCUGGCCAGGCUGAUGACUCUGUACCCACUCCUUUUGUUUUUCUUGACAAUCUACUGUGCCACUGUGCUACUAACUCUUGUUUACAAAAAUUUAAUUCUGUUUCAUUGCUUCAUUUUCUGCACCCUCACCCUCCCCUCCUUCCCCUCUCAGUGGUACCUAAGCUGUGGAUGUGCUAAAUGAAUUAAGCAACCUAGAAAACAUAGAACUAAUGAGUCAUUGAAAUGUGAUUAAUAAUAGUAUGGAAACACUCAUUUUAGUGUUCACAUUAUCUGUGUGAAAAUCGUUUAGUUGCAGUAUAUUCUGAAGAAUACCUUCCUGAUCAGUCAGAUAAGCUAGCUUUUUUCCUCUGUGUCGUGAAUCAUGUUUGGUUCCUGUGAAAUUCCUGAUCCAGUGAUUCCCCUCAUUCUCUCUGUUCCUCUCUCUCUGUUCCUCUCUCUCCCCCCCCCUCUCUCUCUCUCUCUCUCUCUCUCUCUCUCAUUUUCUUCUGAAUUCUGGAAACCUUUUCCCCCAGUACUCUCUUUGGCCUUUCUAUCACAGCCACCUUGACCUUGGGUAAAAUCCAAGGUCUUGUAUUGUGGACGCCUCCCUGUAGGUGCCCAGUCUGCCUGCAGUCUCCACUCGCUCACAGCUGACACAUCGGUCACCACCAGCCCCCUCUCCCCUGGAGGGCCAAAGCGGCUCCUCUGCAGAACUACGACCAAAAUCAGAGUGGCUGCUUGGAGCAGUGUUAGCUACACAGAGGCAGAUCCCUCACAGGGUUUGCCCCGGGAUCCAAAUUCCAGAAGUAGGGCACCACACCCCGGAAGGUAAAUGCAGCACCAGAUGGUUGCUAAGGGCUCUUAGAUCAAGAAACGUAGGAACACCCCCUGGGUACAACAUCUUAGAAAGUCUCUAAGUCACAUUCCAUGAAUUUUUACCUCAUUACUGUUCAUGUAGGACCUAGAAGAAAGACUUAUUAUUUUUUUCCUUCAGCUUAUUUCUGCUUCCCUCUGCGGACUCACCCUAUUUCCAGCCUCCAGUCCUUGCACUUACCCUGUUCUCACAAAGUCAUUUCUUUCCAAAAGGACAUCUAAAGAUGAUUAUUGAUGGUCUAGUGAGAGUCAGAGGGAGCGGCCCUGCAUGUUAAGGAGCACAUUCAAGAAGUGAUCAGCUUGGUGCCAGAAACCAACUUCAGACAGUGGGUGAUUCUACUCUGAAAUAUCCAUGCAUACUUACUAUGGAAUGCAAUUAAAGCUUCUUUCUUCUCUACCCUUCAAGUUGCACAACUUUCAACUGACACGGGUGUCUUAAAAAGGGCAAUGCCACAGUGAAGCUAGACAUUAUCCUUUUACUUAGAGUUGAAAGAAUCAGGCUCGGAAUAUGGUACUUUCCAAGGAAUGGUGCCAGAUCCAGGCAUCUUAUCAGACCUCCUCGUCAUCUCCACCUUUCCUGUAUUACCUUGCGGCUUGUUGUUUAAAAUUUAAAAUCAGGGAGACUAAGAAAUAUUAUUUCAGUGCUCACUGUGCUCACCUCCAUGUUUGUAGUCAAACCACCAUUAGGGCGGUGAACAAGGGAGGAUUACCUGACUGCUUUUACUCCUCAGCAGGUGCGGGGGGGGGGGGGGCCUCUGGAGAAUGGAGAAAUAGAGAAAACCACUAUCUUUUUUUCGUCUACUUGAUAAUUUUAUGCUGGUGACUUGAAGAAGUACCUUCUCCACCCCCCCCCUUCCUUAUUAACUUUAAAAUUCAUAUCACUUGCAAAUACCUAGCAAUGUGCACCCCGUGAAUGAACCAUAUCGUGGUCACCAUUGCACUUUGAAAUUUCUCAUGGUGGGUGAAUAAUGUUUUUCAGAGAAAAUGAAUGCUGGCCACAUGCUCAAGUUAAUAAAGAAAAGUUGUUCUCAGUAAUUAAGGUUGCCCUUUUGGGUUACAUCUGGCCCUACACUGGCAAAAAGCAGAACUCCUCCCUGGGAGAGCGCACCAACUCAAAAGCAACCACAAGAAAAACAACCCAAUCAGGCAGUUUAGGCUAACUGGCAUAUAAUUUUCAAUAGCAUUCCUUCUGUCAUCACUAAAAUUAAAGAACUGUUCUGUAUUAUGUUUAACUAACUGCAAAUGAAUAGCUUUUGUAACAGUUUAUUCUGCCAAAAGCGAUUUUGUAUUUUCCCUUUCCUUUCCUUCUUUCCCUUUCCCUCUUUCUGUCUUGAGAAAUCACAUAGACACUUUGUGCCUCUUUUACGUCUUAUUCUGCACUGCUGUUACCUGGUCAGGGUGGCUUCUUUUUCUCCCUGUGUAAUACAAAAAUGUGAAAACCUAAAAUACUUGCAGAAGAAUGGUAUUACUUAUUUGAUGUUCUCAUCAGCAUAAUGUUUUCUUUAAAAAAUAAAGAUACCAAUUACAGAGAUUUCUUUCUCAUCCAUUGUGACUUGUAAGGAAGAAUAAACUAACAGACACUGUUUUUGGACAUGAUAAAAACAUGAGGAAUUUUAUUUAAGUAAGUAAAAGUUGAGUCAAAAAUAUUUCACUAGUAUUAUUCAGUUUAAUAAAGAGACAAUGUAGAGCAAAUUCAUUAUUUAGCAUUAUUUCUUUAUGAUGGAUUGCUAUAGAAAUCAGUAGGCACAUCUCUCUAAUGUGUAUUGAUUGCUUGUUUAAGCUACUGUGAACAGAUUGCUACCGCCAUUUCUUGAUCUUUAAGGGGAAAAAUAGUCUAUAGAUGAAUAAUACAAGUUAUGUAGAGUUGCAUGUCAGUCUUUAUAAUUAUUUAAUCUUUAACAUGCUCCAGAGCUUGGGUAUGAUUUCAACAUGAUGUUAGAUUUGUGCAUUUCACUUUCCUGCCCAUCUUGUUCCAGCCAAUGUAUGGAUCCACUCUGUGUGCCAAAACCAGUACUGCCUUUCAUGGCCCAUUAGUCCUGAGAACUUCUGCACUGAUUUUAGUCUCUGGCUGACCCAGUUCUACAUGUAUACAAAUCAAGAUGGAAUAAAGUGUGAGUUGUAAUGUGA